GAAUCCGAUAUGUGACACAGAGCCCAUUAACCCUUUCUGCGGUCCGAAAGGGACAGGGUCUGACAUCGAGGGAAAGCUAAAUUUGGUCAACAUUCCAUCCGUCUUGGAAAAUAGAUUAUUUUUGUUUUACCAGCAAAUCAAGGCUUCUUUUAUUCAAUAUUUUUUAAUAUUGAAAGCAGGAAAUGCGUGGUCAAUUCCUACCUCAGUACUCCUGGAUUCUCCUCGGACAAUUACGUCCUUAUUUCAACCCCCCCCCCCCCCCCCCCACUCCCCUCCCUUACACGUCUCUCUCACGACAGUUCAACAAUCUGCCAGAAAACACCAUUAUGCAACAAAAUGGACGACUCUGUGGCGAUCGACCCCUGCCACUUUGGGAGGGGGUUUAUUUCCGUAAUUUAAAAACGUUUACAUAAUUGUACUAUUGAUUUUUAAAUCUUUCCGUAUUACCUGUCGUGUAAAUUGCUUUGUUCAACACAUAGAUUUUGUAACAUGAUUUUCGAAAGAUAUCAAAAUAGAUAUAUAAUUCUGAAUUCUAUGUGUAGGACCCCAACUAGCUAAGUUUUAAAGGCAUAACAUUGUAAUAUUUUAAUCUCAAUUGUGAUUCACUUUUAUUUAAUUUAUUGCUCUAAAAAACACUGUUGGGGCUAAUUGAAGUAACUUUAUGUAUCUGUUAACAUGCUGUGACCCAUCAAAACAGUAUUUGCCUGUUUAUAUAUUUAUGUAUUUCUAAUGCUUCAUAGUAGGUGUGCAAUUUCAAUUGUUGGGGAGUGGGGAGAGUUGUACAACUGUGAUCUUAACUUGAAUAUAACAAGCCACACUAGAGAGUAUAUGGAGUAUACUUCAGAGAGCCCCUUUGUCAAAAGUACAUUAAAGGUUAACUUUUAAGACAUUCAAAUCAUCAAAUGUGCCACUGCAUUUGAAAUAACACCAUGUUGUCCAUAUUGCACUAAAGACAUUUUAAUGUUCAAAAGAAAGAACAAAAAUACGAACCUUGAAUUUAUGAUGUUAAAGUUUCUGUCCAGUGAUGGAUUUUUUUACACACCAGAAGCGCAAUACCAAUAAUGUAAAAAUACAUGCCAGGCAUAGCUUAAUUAUUACAGCAGUACUCCUUAAUGCUUCUCUGAAGCAAGGUAUUUGAGAGAUGUCACUUGGAGUCUCUUGAAGCUGUUUGUUAAAGUUGACCUGAAUGAACUCCAGUUCCAAACUAAUAAAAUCCUGUCCCGAGUGUAUUUCAAACAAGUAAUGUAUUGUUACUUGUUGUCUCUGGCGCUAAUGGACCAUAGCGUGUUUUAAUUGUAGGUUGUGCUUAAAGUAAUAAAAGUGAAUAUUUAAUACAUCUGAUUGAAAUGGUUGCUUUGUUCCAGUCCCUACAACAAUUGCAGUCCCAAGAUAAUUGUGGUACCAUUGGUUAACCACCAACGUGUACUCGUUUACCUCUUUUUUAAAAUUAUGAUAAUUUUGAGGACUGAUGAAAAUGUCUACCAAUAUUCUCUUCUAGAAAAUAAAAAAACAUUAAUUUAAACAACAUUUUUCCUAACAAAGGUUUUUCUGUCUUCAAUUUAUAGUAGCAAGAGAUGGCAUAGAAUGCAAGUACAUUGUGUGAAAUAGCAAAAUUGUCAAGAUGAAAAACAUGAGCAAUAAAAAUGAGUGGAUGAUGGGGCUUUAUCGUUGUUAAAUUUAAUAUUUCUUAUAAUUAAACUUUUAGAAGCCAUUUUCACAAAAAUAACGCUACCGAGCCGUCCGAAGAAAAUGGCCUAAUCUCAAAAUCACGAGAUUUUCUUUAGCUCCUCCCAUUUAGCUCACUUUUAUGACAUCUCAUUGGCUAUCCGUGAGAUUAUCACGUGACAUUCUGCAGUCACAACUAUACGCAAGCAGGGCGAGUCUACAUUGAAAUAAACCGUUUAAUGAGACAUGCGCGUUCUGAGUCAACCCAAGUAACGAUUUUAAUACAGAGUUAAUUUAAAAUUACUUUUAUUCCGAAACGUAAAAUAAAUUCCACAUUAUGAGUUUCGACUAAAUCUCAUUGGUCGGUUGGAUGCGAUAUGCAAAUCCCUCCUAAAACGUCAGAUCCUAAACUAGACCGCCAUUUUUUCUUCAACAGGAAGGCGACAAAGCGGAAUCACAUUUAUUUUCGUUCGCAGUACUGACCCAUCCUCUGGUUUAAUGUGACCAGUACUGACCCAUCCUGUGAUCACCAUGUAACCAGUACCGACCCAUCCUCUGGUUUAUUGAAACCAGUACCAACCCAUCCUCUGGUUUAUUGUAGCCAGUACCAACCCAUCCUCUGGGACUCCAUUGAAGACUGGCUCUCUCUUGACUGGGACUAGACAAGUGGGUUUCACACCGUGGUUUGCGCAACAAAUAAGUGGAUUGAAUCAGAAUUCCUCUCCCGUAGGUCCUGGAUCCAAUGUGGUCGUCCACAUCUUUCUGAUUUACGGGCAAAUGAGUUGACUUCCACGGAAAAAUUAUGUAUCAACUCCCAGUGGAAAAUAUUGAGAAGAUCCGCAAGUCACGGAGGAAAGUGAAGAACAUUCUGAGUGAACUGGGCCUUGAGGACUGCCAGAAGCUUCUCAAGGAUCUCCGUGAAAAGUCUGAGGACAACUUGGAGGACGAAGAGGCCUUUGAGAACACGGAAUGGGAAGAUUUCAUGGAGGAGGACACUUACACAAAGAAAAAGUGGCCAUAUCGUUCCCAGAUACUGUGCUGUGCAUUGUGCAAGUAUUCUACAAAAAACAUUUUCACCUUCAAGGGCCAUGUGUCGCGGUGCCACGACUAUGAGUACUCAGCAUGUGCCCUGGAGGCUUGCUCCGACUGCCACUACGUCGGCCACGCCAGGGCUCUCAGGAAACACGUGAGGUUCUUCCACACCUCCCCUAGCAGCCUCUCUUCACCCAACACGGCCACCAGAGAAUGGCCUCAAUCGUCACAGAAGGAGAAGUAUCUCUGUCGGAGAUGUGGGUACCCGAGCUCUUCCCUCACCGCCAUCAAGAAGCACGUCAUUCUCCGGCACCUCGAGAGCUUAGCCCAGCAGUUCAUCGGCUACAAAAUGCAACCAUAUGGGAAGAUCUACAUUUGCAAGAUAUGCAAGUUGAACAUGGGAACUCUGGAUCAGAUGCUUCAUCACAUGUUGACGGAGCCAGUGCACACCUGGGUCAACUCGCAGGUGCAAAAGUUGAUCAGUGAAAACAAGAGUUCUAUCCAACCGCCUAAUGGUACCGGCAUGUAUUUAACAUUCCCAAACAUCGCUCCUAAAACUCAGACUCUUAGUAACAGACCUGUACUUGUUCCCAACAUUGGCCAACAUGGACAGAGAGUGGUAGCCUUGCAACAAGUUCAUGGGACUGCUAACGGCACUACAUUGAUACGCACGCCUGGAACCAACCAGUCCUAUCUAUCUCCCCAGGCAUCAGCUCUAGUUCAGCUAGCCCGUGCUGAGACUAAAGAUUUGCUCCCACCUGGGACCUCUGUAGCCCUCCAAGGGUCGACGUCAGCCUCUGUCCAACAGGCACCGCUGUCCCUAGCUCCAGCCCAAGUGCAGUCGCUCCAGAACCUACAAGCCCAUCAAAUGCUUCUGCCCAAGAGCCACUUGACAGGAACAGUGGGUGUGGCCCAAAAGGAGUCAAAAGACCAAACGACCCCACAGGGUACCAUGAUGACUUCUCAGUCAUUACUCACUCACUUGAUUCCCACCGGCAACAGGAUAAAUGGUUUACCUACAUACACGUUUGCGCCACCUAGCAUGAACACUCCUCUCAAGCCAGUGGUGUCAGCUAACAACUCACCUCAGCAAACUAAGAAGUGGAUCACCUGCCCACAUUGCAAUGAACUCUUCCCCUCGAAUGUCUAUGAGAUGCACAUGGAGAUCGCCCACAGGACUAAAUCCAUCACAGCAAACUGUGAAAGUGUGGCUGUCAGGGCGCCCUUCCUUAAGAAAAUGCCAGACAAAACUGUGAAAUGCCUCAUGUGCAAGAUUCUUCUUUCAGAACAGGGUGUCAUCCAGCACCUUCUACAUGGCCUGAACUGUUUGUACUGCUCAGCUUUGUUCUUCUCGCUCACACAGCUCAUCGACCAUCUGAAGGAGCAGCACCCAAAAACAACUGCCAACUGUGACUUGCUGAGACGAGAGUACCGGGUGUACACGGACCGUUCAGGGCAAAUCAUGUUCCCUUAUUUUGAUAUUACCACUACAGCACCGAAGGACCUCCUGGGGGACAUGGAGAUCAACCUUGUCCUGGUUACCAGUGCUCUGGACCUUAUCUUUUUGAAAAUGCUGCCCAGUAGCACCCAUCCAGACAUCUGCCAAGCUUCUGUGAAAAUCAGCAGUGCAUGCUGCCCCUUCUGCUAUGAAAAGUUUCAGAACCCAGCCAAGCACCUUCAGCAUUUGAAACAAAAGCACUUUGUGGCACCGACCGUCCAUGCUAUACUUAAGACUGAGGCCUUCAAGUGUGUAUACUGCAAUGGAGUGUACACAGGGAAGCUGACGCAGCAGGCUGUAAUGCUGCACUUACAGAGGUGCCGUUCUUCACCAAAGAGGGUGCCAGAACCUCUGAGAAUCUCUGCCGGAAAUCAGGUGCCUGCUGGUGGUAUGGCCAUGCUUCAGCCUGUACCGACACAGAAUGAACUGCCAAAGUUAUUCUUGCAGAUCCCACAACAGAUUCACAUGAAGCAAGUGCAAGCAUUUACACCUGCCAAACCACAAGCACCUCUGACACCUGCUCCUACCGUCGACACUCCAGAGACUAGUGAAGAGCAGCUCAGCACGAGGCGGCUGGAGGAGGCUUGGAGGCAGGUGGUGGAGACCAACCAGCGGGAGCGAGAACAAAUGGCCGAAAAGUGCAAAAGGCGGCGAGAAGAGAAGAUGGCGGCACGGAUGCUCCCACCGUCUGCGAGCUCAGGCGUGAAGUUAUUGUUGGAGCCGACUGUCUUGGAAGUCCAAGUGCCCUGGGAGCGCAAACAGUUCAUUUUCCGAUACUUUAACGUAAACCCUUACAUUACCAAAGGCGAGUCGGAGGAGUUGUGCAAAAGGCUGAACCUCAACAAAUCCGAGUUGGGUGCCUAUUUUGGGAAUAGACGCACAAGGUGCUUGAAGAGCCUCAAGAGAACCACUGCCAAGGUGCUACUGGGUUUCAAGAUGACCGAACUGAGGAAGGUCAAGCACAACCUGCUCAUCCCCAAAAGUCAUCCAGUGAAUCCAGUGGAGAAGCUCAUAGAGAUGGGGCCCCGGACCAGACCCAGAACCUCUGGGCCAGGCACUGACAUGGAUCGGAGUGAUGCAGGUCUACCAUCACAAAAAAAGGCAGAAUCCAACCUUACCCAUGAAACAAAAGCGGCCGUCACUGGCGAGGUAGAGGAAAUGGAGACCUAAGGAACUGGUUACUUCGCAUUUAUGUGGGAGCACAUGCGGUUUGUUUCCUGACAUCUCUGAGUGUGGUGUCUUUGGAGUUGCCUUCUCAAGACUCCGAUAAUAAGGAUCGUAUAUUUAAUUGGUUUUAAGUGAAGCGCUGUACUGUUAAGGAAAAACACAGAAUAGACCAUGUCUAUCCGGUAUAAUGUAGUUAAUGUUAUGACUAUGAUACCUUCAGCUUGGUCUGAAGGUAAUCUUCAUGUGAACUUUGAAAAAAUAUACUGAAGAUGACAUUUACAUUAUGCUUACACCUUCUACAAUCACACAUUUAUGGUAUUUUUCUUUCUCCCAUUAGUGUGUUCUAAACUCUUUGUUCAAUAUUGUUUGUGUAUAAAACCAUUCUUACUGCCCUCAGUUACAGCUUUGUUCAUCCAAUUCCCUUUCUCUAAUUGAAGCGCAAUUAAUGUACAGAUCAUUACCUUAAAACACAAUACUAUUACCUAAUUCACGUGAGGUAAGCGUCUGUUUUUUUGGCAGACUAGGUAGUUUGCAUGUGCUUUUUGUAUGAUGCGGUCUAUAAAAAAAAUAAAACAAAAUAAGUUUGCCGUUUUGACAUUAGCCCAACUUAUUUACAUACAUUUCCAUUGUGAAAAUGUAUCAAGAGAUCUGUUAAAGUGUUAACAUUGUGUUGCUAUUGACUGUCCUGUUGUCUAAAACUGUUAAAUAGUGGGUUUUUGUACUGUACCUAUUGUAUUUUCUAUUCCAUAUAUUGAUACCAUAUUGGGGAAUGGCAGUGCUUCUGAUUGUGUAAGAGGUGGUUCUGUGAUGUAAUAAAAAGAUUUGCAUUAAAGCACAAAGGCUUUUAUUGUAACGGUAUUUUUGUAACCUGUGCAUAUGGGAUCAUUUGUUUUGCAAGCAGUCCCUCAGUAGACAUGUCAUGGAAUAUAAUGAAGACCAUGUAUUCAAGAUAAAUAGGCAGUUUUCUUUUCCAUGUAUUUAUUUAAGACCUAAUUUGUAAACAUUCAAUUUGAAACUGCUGAAAGAGAUUUGGUCAAGGACAGAGGGUCCACUGUAAUUGUUAGUUUCAACUGCUUCAAUCUUCUUAAGGUACCCCACAGGAAGACUGUGCUGCUUGGCCCCCAUACACACCACCUAAAAGAAGCAUAAAGUACAUGUGUUAAAGACAAACUCAAUAAAACAUGACAAAAAAUGGAUUCUUAAAAUUCUCUGCGCCCCCCCCAACAGAUAAGUCCAGAAACGACCCAUUGGUCACUGGAGUGGGACUUUUAGUGUCACCUGUUUAUACUGCGGUGCUGGAGGACAGACGUGGAAUCCUGUCAUCUGAUAGGUCCUACAGCACACGUCACCCUCAUCUGUUUCCACAUUCACCUCCAUAGGAGAAUAGAUCCCGCGGUCCACCCCUUCUUGGCUAAAGACACACAUGGAAUGUUCAAAGGCUGUCUUUACUUAGUGUUCAAAAGAAAAUAGAUAUUUCAAACAUUUUGUAGGGCCUUUGUAUAGCAACAGGCCCAUUUUUUGAAGCCAUGACCACUCCUUUAGUUGGAAACGGACAUAACCAUAGGAUGUUAAUAGGGUUACAAAGAUGCGUGGGGAAGCAAGAUACCCAAAAAAAAUAUUAUUAAAUUGGGAUCGCAAGAGUUUUCUGACCUGAAAUGGGUUCACCAGCAGGUCACAGGUCUAAAAUAAUUGAAAGUCACUGGAAUAGUACUGGAUUAUGUGAACACUAUUAAAAAACGAAUAAACAUUCUGGUCAGGUGUGUGAAUGUGUCUCACUUGUCCAGGCUGGGCCUGUCCUCGUCGCUCAUAGACCACACCACUCCCCACACUUCUUCGCCGGGACAGAAUGAAAUGUGGGCCACUCCGCCAUGCCAUUGGUUAGUAACAUGUUCUGCCCACAGACCAAACCUCAUCACAUAGUCCUGCAAGAAGAAGUGCCGUGUAAUAAAAAUGUUGAACAUAUGCAAUAGUACAACCUUUGCAUAAGUCAGUA